CAACAACACAAUCGUCUGCUCAGUUGGAAACUCGUCUGCAGGUCGAUUGUAUUCGGUACGAAUAAAGAGGGUGUGUGUUGAAUGCCUAACGUAUAAUGCCAGAUGACGCGUAUUUGAUUGAUAAGUUUUCUCAAUAAUACAAGAUAAUUAUAGACUCGUUUUAUGAAUUAAACUCCAGGAUAAUCGAUACAGUGUAACGAGGAAGUGGAAAAAAUGUAUGGGUGUGAGACGUCAGUGAACAGCAGAGGAAGUUGAAUCACGACACAAACAAGGGCUCAUUGUUUUAUUAAUUGAAAAAAUUUUUGGUCCAUUUGGGUUGAUCACCAGAAGUUGAUAUGUCGUACAGCAGUGCCAGCGUUGAAAAUUUGACGGGGAAGGCACAGAAUGGAGGAGGAGGAGACAGCAACAUGUGCUUGGAGCUGGCCCUCGAGGGUGAGCGUCUGUGCAAAGCAGAUGACUGCAGAUCGGGUGUUGCCUUCUUCCAAGCAGCGAUCCAAGCUGGCACCGAUGAUCUACGAACGUUGAGUGCAAUAUACAGUCAACUGGGGAACGCCUACUUUUACCUUGGUGACUACGUCAGAGCAAUGGAGUACCACAAGCACGACCUGACCCUGGCUCGCUCGAUGGGUGACAAAUUGGGUGAAGCCAAGUCCAGUGGGAACUUGGGGAACACCUUGAAGGUGAUGGGCAAAUUCGACGAGGCCAUGAUCUGCUGUAAACGCCACUUGGAAAUAUCCCGAGAGAUUGGGGACAAGCUGAGCGAGGGGAGGGCUCUCUACAACCUUGGGAAUGUCUACCACGCGAAGGGGAAACAGGGAGGAAGGGGACCCCAUGAUCCUGGUAAAUUCUCCGAGGACAUCAGGCAGUGCCUCCAGCAGGCGGUGGGAUACUACGAGGAGAAUCUGACGCUUAUGAAGGAACUUGGGGAUUCAGCGGCUCAGGGGAGAGCCUGUGGGAAUCUGGGAAAUACUUUCUAUCUCCUGGGGGAGUUCCAACAGGCCAUUUUCUAUCAUAAUGAACGGUUGAAAAUAGCUCGAGAAUUCGGUGACAAAGCAGCUGAGAGAAGAGCCAACAGUAAUCUCGGCAAUUCCCACAUUUUCCUGGGGGAGUUCGAGAAAGCUGCGCAGCACUACAAAAGAACCCUCGUCCUUGCCCAGGAGCUUGGUGAUCGUGCUGUCGAGGCACAGGCGUGCUACUCAUUGGGCAAUACCUACACACUGCUGCGGGAUUAUUCCUCAGCGAUUGAGUAUCAUCUCCGUCACUUGGUCAUUGCCCAGCAAUUGAUGGAUCGCGUGGGCGAGGGACGUGCCUGCUGGUCGCUCGGUAAUGCUUACUCGGCGAUGGGAAAUCAUGAGAAGGCCCUCCAUUUUGCCAGUCUUCAUCUCAACAUCUCCAAGGAACUCGGGGAUCCCAUGGGACAGGCAACGGCGCAGAUUAAUGUUGCAGAUUUGCAGAAGAUACUGGGAAUGGAGAAUAACGAGAAGGAGAACGAUAAGGGAAAUAAUAAUCCCCAGUCAGGGAACAGUGUUGCCGCCUCGUCACCUGGGAGAUAUCGACUCAGGAGGCAGAGCAUGGAUAAUUUGGAUCUCAUCAAGUUGACUCCGGAUGGCAAGCAGAAGGAAAUCGAGCCACCAGCAGCACGAGCUGGCAUAGCCCCUCAGCCUUCGCAGGAAGAGGAGGAGGAGGAUUUCUUCGAGCUCCUGACAAGAUUCCAGUCUGGGCGAAUGGACGAUCAACGGUGUGUCCUGAAGACCACCAAGAAGAUGAGGACUAAGGCGCCUCCACCAGAGAAAGAGAAAGACGGUGAUGAUCUACUGGAAUUAAUCGCAGGAAUGCAGAGUAAACGAAUGGACGAGCAGAGGGUGACCCUCCCCUAUCUCCCAGGUUUAACCACAAACCCAAAGACCCAGGCAGUCAUGAAGACCCCAAUGAGAAAUCCUCAGGACCCGGAUGAUUCGUUCAUCGACAUGCUCCUGCGAUGCCAGGGCUCGAGACUGGAGGACCAGAGGAGCCCGUUGCCAGCGGCGUCAACAGUCCAGGACAACGAGGAGGAGCAGAACCAAAGAUCAAAUGGUGCCACUCGGUCAGCCACAACUGUCCCUGAGGAGGAUCUCUUCUCACUCAUUCAGCGACUACAGGCUGGUCGUAUGGAGGACCAGAGGGCCUCUGGACCCAGCAAAAAUCACUGAAUUCAUCAGCAAUAAUUCCACUCGUUUAUUUAUAAAUUAGGGUCUUAAAGUUAACAGUGCCAAUUUUAUUUCAUCUUUCAUGGUUCAGAGUGAAGGACGAUCCCUAAGGGGAAUACAUUAGAGAGUAGAAGAACACGUACGAAAGAAAUCAGAAGGAAAUGUCGUCGUCGGAGAAGUUUUGGAGUUAAUUAUAUGUGAAGAAUUGAUAAUACAAAAGCAAGAAAAAAUUCAAUUAAAUUUCUGUUGGUUUCCAAUGGAAAAAUUCUACGUCUUGUCAAUGAAUUUUCUUCGUACGUGUGGACAUUUUGUCAUUCUUUUGUGCAACUGCCAAUUACCCCAGAUGAAUUAUCAUAAUCAAAAGUAAUUGAUUAUUCGAAAUUAAUGACGUGACGUGCAUGACGAUGGUGAAUAGAAAGUUAUACGUUGGCCAUGCAAUUCUAUUCAAUUUUUUAUCGAUAAAGUUCGUCAGUAAAAUCAUAAACGCAGUAUUUUGAAAGACUUGAGAACUGAUUAGACUUAUUUUCACUCCCUCCUAGGACGCAUUAUUUUCCAAUGGAUGCGAGAGGGCGAGAUAUAUUUCUAUCGAAUGACCAGUGAACAAAAAAAUAGAGACAGGUCUCGAUGGAGAGUCAAUAGUCCAUCCAUUUCUAUCUCAAAUAUCACAGAAACAACUGAGGAAAAUACUGAGAGGAGGUGGAUUAAUUGUGCCACGAGAAAUUACAAAAAUAUAACUAGAGUCUUAUUGUUAGAGAGAAUUUACAUAUUUAUUAUUAAAAAUUGUGGAUACUCUGCUGCUGCAAUUGCCUAUUUCCUCUGAUAUUCGAAACGUUCUCAGUUUAUUUUAACGGCCUGAAGGGUUCUCCAUUUGCCAUUUAUUUUAGGACAGCUCUGGUCUGUCGAAAAUUAUGAUUGUGCAGUCAAAGAAGUGGACAAUUGCAAUUUUUCUAGACAAGAAAAAUCCCAGACAAAUGGAGUAAUUUUUUCCACAAAAGUUUCAAUAGAAGUUUAAUAAAAUAAUUCCACUGAAUUAUCUCCUCCCUUUUACUAACUUCAAUUACUAAAUUCCUACGAACAUUUAUUUACCCGUAGAAAUGAUAUAUUUUCGCAUAAAGUUAGAUAAUAUUUUUUUAGAAGAUUUUACAUAACUACUGAGACAGUAUCAAUCAUUUACAAUUAUUUUGUAUCAUUGAGUUGUAGACGUCAUGAAGAUGACGCUCUGUAAGACGACCUAUUUCUUAGAAAAAAAUAUACUUUUUUCUUAAAAUAAAAA